AUGAAUACUCAUCCAAAUACCUGUGGCCGAGAGUUCGAGUCUGACUUGGACACAAGUCGGAAAGCUUCAAUCGUUCAAUAUGUCCAUUUCGAUGUGGUGACGCCAUCUGUGUUCUUUGGGAAAUACAACAAACUGAAAACAUGCUACAGCUCACUCACAUAUUGCUGGCGACCGAUUAUGCUUAAUUACUCCGUCGGAGUCACAAUUUUCAUUUGUGCUACUCUUGCUUUAACGACUUUACUUAUGGUCUGCAAUAUAUUAACUGGAGAAACCGGCCUCCUAUGUGGUUUCAUUUUUGAGAUAUUCAUCGGGGUAAAUGCAUCUAUUCUCUGCGCCUUCGGAUGGAAGUAUUCAUUUGGUGACUGCGAGGUUGCGAUGAUGAUUGACACAUACGAAGGCACCAUAUGA